UUUACCUGGAGCGCUGUACUGCGCUGCACCUGCUGCUCACCUGCCGCUUCACCUUGGAUUUUACCUGUGGAGCAAAAUGCGUCAAUAAUCCCGACGAGCCGAAGCUACGCUACAACUAACCAUCAGCCAUGAAGAGGGGACCACUACACUUUCUGGGUCGGAAGAACCAGUCACUUUUCGACACCAAUGUCAAAAUGAAAGACAUGGACAAUGUGGAGCUGGUGCUGGGGAACGCAGCAAUUCCUGAGUCAGGAACAGCCAGUGUGAGGGCUAGACCCACCGUCAAACAUCACUCUUCCUCAAGUGACAGUUUCCAAGGGUUUGCUGUUCCGACACCCAAAGUGCCCCUCCUUCCCCCAGUCAGUGGUCCAAAGAUCAACGGUUCAGUCAGCGGAGAUCAGUUGACCAAUGGAUCCGUUAUAUCCAUGCCUGACCUUGACGAGGAGGAUAUCUUUGUUCCUCCUCCUCCGUCUACAGCACCUCCACCCCCACCAGGGACAUUCACUCCAUCAAUAGGGACUUUUAUCCCUCCACCAGACUUCAUGGGUGACCUUAGCACUCUAGACCCAGCAAUCCUUCAGCCUCCUUCCAUGCCAGCUCCAAACCCUCCAUCUGUGACACCAUCCAUGCAAGGGGGAGAUUUACCCUUCCUAAAACCGCCAACAAUGGCUCCGCCAAAGCCUCCAUCCACUUGCUCUACCAACUCUGCAUCAUCAGUACCCAUUUCUAGUCCACCAUAUGUCCCAGUACCUGACCAUCCAAAGUUUGCCCCACCACAGCCCCCACCAAAAAAUCAUAAGACACCUCCUCCAAAACCCAUAAGACUGUCCUCCAUGUCCAACCUUGAUUCCCCACCACAAACUCCUGCCCCACCUCCCCCUGCACACACACCAACACUGUCCACUUUCAAUCCCCAACACAAAGCAAAGCUUUACGAUGUUCCAACGGUCUCAGUUCUUAAAGGCUAUGAGGAACCAGAGACAAGACCCAAGCAGAGGUUACUCCUGGAAGAUUCUUUGCCUGCUCAAACUGUUGAUGGGAAAGCCCCUAAUGUGCCAACUCUGUCUAAACCAGUUUCCAAAGAUGUACAGGAACUGAAGGAUAACUUGCAAGUUACUCAGCCCUCUAAAUCCUCCCUGCCUGAGGACAAGGAAGCUAAAGUGGAGAUGGUUCUUGCACCACCAAUAAACAAACCUCAUAGGAAUUUGAAUCAGACUUCCCCAUUGAUUCAGAAACCAAACAGUACUUCGAUUAGUCCAGAGCCAAGGAAUGAAAAACUUGAAGUAUCUCCAAAACCAAGUACUAAAUUUAGUCCAUUUUUAGACCGUAAAUUACGCAACCUGAAGAGUAGUGAAACCAAUAGGGCAAAAGAGGGACAUGCAGCUUCCCCAUUGGCUCUUUUAAUGGCAGCUAAAAAAAGAGAGAAAGACAGAGCAACUCAUUCUCUGUCCCGGGAAAACAGUGCCAAGGAGGAUGAACUGCCCAGUGCAAGCAUUCAACCAAGUGAUUCAAGUCCCAAUUCCUUUGUGGUCACUCCAAGGUCCAGCUCAUCUUCUUCUUUGGCAUCUCAAGAAAGAGUUCAGGAAAGUCCAAAGCCUGUCAGUCCUGGGAACCAUAGGCAAACACUUCAGACCUCAGAAAAAUCAGGAAGCCCUGCACUGGUCAAGUCUCAGAUCCCAUCUAGCAGUCCAGGUUUCAAUCAAGUAGAUGGUUCCCCAAGUUGGACCAAUCUGGCUCCACAGAAGCAAAACACAAAUAGAGGGCUCUCAAAAUCUCCAACUCCCAAGCAUGAGGAAAGGAAAGAGGAGUUAAAUAUUCCGCUGCUCCCUCCACCUCCAGAGUUUGAUGAUUUAGAUGAUAUUGUGGGUCCUCCACCUUCCAUUCCUCCACCAGACCCUCCCAGGAAAACGGCAACAACGCCAACUUUAAACCCUGCUCCUAUAGCUCAAGCUCCAUUGCCACCUCCUCCUCCGAAACCCCCACAAGCUCCUAAACUCCCACCUCCUGACACCAGUCCCAAACCAAAGCUACAAAUCCAGCCAAAACCAAAGAUGGUCCCAAAUCAGCUCCCAUCCAAUCUUUCACCCAGUCAGGUCACACUCUUGAGCAUCUUGCAGAAGAAAAUGGCAGAAAUGGACCACAAAAUGGCCCAUGUGAAGGAGACAGAGUCCAGUUCUGAUGACUGGGGCAGUCCCUUGUCUGAUGAGGAAAAUAAGGUCCCUUUUGCCCCCAAAGUCUCACCACAGAGCAAGACUAACCCUGUUGUGAACAAAACGGCUGCUGUGGACAUGCGCGAGCUUGAGGGUAAAUUGGUCCGAAAAAAUCAGGAUACUUCCUCUGUGAAAAGCCCCGUCAGCAAUGGAGUGCAUUCAAAACAUCAGUAUGGGAUGACCUUCACAGUUCGGCCUGGAACCAAAAAUCCAAUUACUCUUUACAGUAAAGAGGAAUCUUGAGGGACGUAUCAAUAAGAUAGAUGGUCCUAAUGUUAAGUAUUCUGGUACAUGACAUAUUUUUUGGAUUAUGUCAUUUUGCAUCAAAAUGAUUUGGAACAAUUGAUAUGAAGCACUUCAAACAAACGAGUUACAAAAAUGUCAGAGGCAAAUGUUACAAAAGUCCCAUAACAAUGUUCAGCUCUGAAUGUAGUCAGUUAACUUUUCAACCUUUAGCGAUCACGUGUCACUGUCAGAUAUAGUUUCAUAUGUUUACAUCUUAUUUUUAAAUGGACCAUUUUCAAAGGAUUCUUCUUUUACUGCUCUUGUUCUGUGUAGAGGUAUACUGUAUUGUAUGUUGCCUUUAUAACCAAAGCUUUUAAUCAGUGCCAAUGCUGCAGGGGAAAUAUCUUUUAAACAGGCAGAUUGAUAAUAAUGAUCAACUAAAAAACUGUAUUCUUAAAUAAAUCUUAGAUUGUAGACUCUUGAGUCAGUCAUCAGAAGAUUAAUUGUAACAAAGCUCUGAUGUACAGUGUAAUUAUUGUGGUUCAUGGUGUAGUAACAUGUUCUGCCAGAGAACUGUUACAUGUAUAUUAUGUAGGUCCACUGGAACAAAGCAAACCUGUAAUUCAAACAAAGCUAAGGAUGUGUGUAUUACUCAGUGGGAUUGUUUCUCAUAUUUAUUAAUCUUGGAAAUGUUCAUAUACAGUAAAUAUGUAAGCCAUAUUUGCUACACUUUUGCUUUUCUGUAAAUAUAUAGUUUGUAAAAAGAUUUAGAAGGAACUACGAUUGUAUAAAAUUGAGUUUUAUGUACAUUUUAAGUUUAUAUGAUCACAAUAUUUAAAAUAUUGGCAUCCAAGUCUUAAGCAAGCAGUUUAUCAAAGUCCAACGUUGUCUAACAACUCCCUAAAUGAAAAUAAA